ACCGCCAACUGUAACAGAGAUCCCACUACGAAUCGGUCGUGCUAUAUCUAAUACCAGAGUGGCUGAUAUUUAAUUGAUGGCAAAUCAAAGUGUUUUGAAAGAAGUGUAAAAAGGCAAAACUAACGAUGACGGCGCCAACAGGGAUUGCUUAGCUCAAAGUUUCCCAAUUUAUUUACGUUUCUUUGGUAAAGAGGCUGACUAUGACGUGAAUUCAGAGUUUUCUACCUUCGCCACGAAAGCGUCACGUCAAAAGCGCUCAAGUUCACUCACUCAAGUUCAAGCGCCAAAAAGAGCGAACAGCUCUCGCGAGAGAGAGCAAAGCUUUCGCAUCAAGCGAUUUUACACCCAAAAGCCAGCGGCACAGCACCAAAAUGAGUAACGAAUCUUCCGUUAGCGAAACAACACCGCUCCGGCGGCCACCAAGUGAAUUGAGUGCCGAAUCAGAAGCUAACGUGGCCAACACCAGACAGUCGACGACGGUUGUGUCGUUGGUUGACAAUAAUAAUCAUAGCAGCAAUAAUAACCACUACAGCAGCUUGGUCGAGGUGCGUCUCCAGGCGGCAGAAGAGACCCAACAGCAGCAGCAACAGCAGCAAGGCGAAAACAUGGACACAAAUAAGAGAAUCUUGUGCCGCGUGGGCCUGGACAUUUUAAUUUUACUCUGCGUUGGUUUUCCUAUACUAUUGUUUUUCCUGCUCGGAGAUCCCUAUAAGCGCGGGUUCUUCUGCGAUGACGAGUCGCUGCGGCAUCCCUUCCACGAGUCCACAGUGCGCAAUUGGAUGUUGUACUUCAUUGGAGUGCUGAUACCCGUUGGUGUGAUACUCACUGUCGAAGUUCUCAUCUCGCGUCACAAGGCGAAACGGGACAAUGGCAAUGCCACGAGUCGUCGCUAUGUCUUUAUGGGCUACGAGCUGCCCAACUGGCUCAUUGAAUGCUACAAGAAGGUGGGCAUCUAUGGCUUUGGCGCCGCUGUUAGUCAGCUGACAACGGACAUUGCCAAGUACUCCAUCGGACGUCUGCGGCCACACUUUAUUGCGGUGUGCCAGCCCGUCCUUGCCGAUGGCUCCACAUGCGACGAUCCACAGAAUGCCAACAAGUACAUUCAGGAGUUUACUUGCCGCGGCCUGGGCUCAUCGGCGCGCAUGCUCAAAGAGAUGCGACUGUCGUUUCCCAGCGGACACUCGAGCUUCACCUUCUUUGCCAUGGUCUACAUGGCGCUCUAUCUGCAGGCACGCAUGACCUGGCAUGGCUCGAAGCUGCUGCGUCAUCUGCUGCAGUUUAUGUUCAUUAUGAUUGCCUGGUACACAGCGCUGAGUCGCGUCUCGGACUACAAACAUCAUUGGUCGGAUGUGCUGGCCGGUGCGCUGAUUGGUUCCACCUGUGCCUUGGUUGUGGCCAACUACGUCUCGGAUCUGUUCCAGCGCUCCAGCUCGAAGCCUUACCUGCCACGCAGCGCACAGGAUAUGGGCGCCACGACGCAGUCGCCGCCGCCGGGCAUCACCGUGACGACUAAUUAACCUCCAGCGGAGGUGCACAACUAUCACAAAUUCCACAUGUUGUAGGCCCACUUUUUAGCAAGAAAACGAAGGCCAAGCUUUCGUUUUUAUAAUUUAUUUCUCGUGUUUUGAGUUUGAGUUUUGCACUUUGCAUUUUUAUGUGUGAUUUGUGCACUUAAGUGUCUUCCGCAGCUGCUUGAUUUUCUAGGCUUAAGUUAGCACAAUGGCAAGGGACAUCUGUGUGAUGUUAUUUAUUGUAUUAUUUUGCUAAGGAAUUUUAAUAGAUAUUUAUUUGAUAAUUAUCACAAAGAAGUGACCUUCUGUAGAGCAGCACAAAAAAAGAGAGUGACGCGUCUUGCGCAACAGCAAAUAAGUACUACUAUAAAUUAGACACUAAGUACUCAAUGCAUAAGAUAUUUUUAAUUAUAUUGUAAGAUGACCAU